GGUUGGCGGUGUGUUAGACAUGACAGCCCGGGGAUCCCCCAGCCGCUUUCUGCAGAGUGUGCUACACAAUGGGGUGGGCAGAUACGUGUGUCAGCUCAAGAGGGUCUCUCUGCUCUUCAGCAAGGACGCCCCCAGCUCCCUGGGAGCCAGAGAAUUUAUUGAAGAAAAAGCAGUGGAUUUUGCCAGGAAGAACCCCAGUGUGGUGCUGUAUGUUCAUCCUCACAAAUGCAGAGUCCCAAAACUAGUGGCAGAAUACCUGAAUGGCGCAGUGAGAGAAGAAGGCAUUAACAGCAAAUCUGCAGAGGAAAUUGUCCAACUUAUGCAAAAACUGGCCAACCAAUCCGGUCUGGAUAUUAUCCGCAUCCGCAAACCCUACCAUACGGAUUCCCCCAGCGUCCAGGGACAGUGGCAUCCCUUCACCAACAAGCCCCUAUCCAAUAAUAUAACAAACUUUAAUGCUUUUAGUGAACACACACAAUCUGUUCAGUAAACCAAAAUGUGUAACCCAAGUGCCCAUUUAUUCUCACUGAGUGAUCGGAUAAAGCGGGGAAGUACAAAGGCUGUUUGUAUCCAGAUUAAGAAGAUACAUUGGUGGUGUGACACAAAGCCAGUGAUGCUCAGCCUGUAGAUCUACGCCUCCCACUUAUAUGGGUGCUGGGAGAUGCAAUUCAGCAAAAACAGGAUGCCUGCUCAUAGCUCUUAUUUCUGUCAUAUUUGUGUUAGUUCAAUAAAGAUCUUUUUUUUUCCUAAA